AAAUCGCUUUCAAAUCGCCUAUAGUUUGGAGUGUAGAAAAUUGAGCGCGAACCAGUUUGUGUAUUUCAGAGGAACUGAGAGAGGAACUGUCAAGUACAAGCUGUCAAAAAAAUCCGACACUAGCAUAUUUCAUGCCAUUAUUGCGCUUCAAAUCGGUAUUCAUUUUGAAGUAAGCAAAUCGUUUGCGCGACAUUCAAAACACAUCAUUUUCAAUUGAAUUAGAUUUAUUGGAAAUUGUGUCGAAAAAUGAGCGUUGUGCCAUCGAUAUCGUUGGUGAAUGUCGCGAGCAAUGAGAAACAUUGCUUGAAUUCAUCGGAAAGUGUAAUUGGUCGCGGCUGGCUCAAUUGCAAUGACAAACGCAUUUCGCGGAAUCAUGGUGUUCUCAAAGUGAUCUCGUCAAAUUCGGUUGCGGUGCUUUCGACGCAUCAGAACUCGAUGUUUUUUCGAAAGAAAAACAACAUCGAAGUUAAUCAAAUCGAACAGAACAAUGAAGUGAAUUUAUUUGUUGGCGACUCAUUUGGUUUGUUGGUGGACGAGUUUUGGUUUUCGAUUCAGCCGUCAGACAAAGGGAAUGACGUCAUCGGUGGAUUGCAUGCAAAUAUAACACAAUCGAUUGCACCGUCAUCAAGUGGUACAAAGCGUCGAUCGAGCUCCGAUUCUGAGCCCGAUUCCACGAACAAAAAAGUGAAGACUGAACCAAAUGAAUUUCAAGAUGAUGUCGCUAUAAACGAAGUAGCCAAUGAUGUGAAUGGUUUGAGUAACGGUGAUCUAGAUACAACACUACCUACCGAUACAACCAAUGAAAUGCCAUCAACCAGUGCAUCAAACAUUCCGCAAGAUCAGAACGAUUCCACAGUUGUCGAUCGACCAAUCAAACCAGAACCACUGGAUCCAGAUGAAAUACAGCCAACGCCAACGCCUACGAUAAAAACGGAACCGAUGAGCCAAGAGGCAAAUAUCGAUUCCACGAUGGAAUCCACUCCGGUUACGGUUAAAACAGAAUCAACCGAAGUGAAAACAGAACCAGCCAACAAUGAAAACAACGACGAUGGUGCAACAACGUCCAGUGGCAAUACACAUCAACCACCGCAACGUGCCUGUUGCCGAUAUGGUAUUCGCUGCUACAGACGAAACCCAGCACAUCGUGUACAAGAAGCGCAUCCGGGUGAUGCAGACUAUCGAUUGCCAGACUAUCCCGAUCCGCCACUAGGUGCAGCUCCUUGUCCAUACCUCGAUCGCUGUUAUCGACGUAAUCCAGCGCAUUUCGCACAGUUCUCCCACAAGGCCAGCUGGCGAACAGAUUCAUCCGGAAAAGAAGGUUAUGAAGCCACAGCAAAAACACCAAAGCGAACAACAACCAACACUGCGACAAAUGAUGUUCAAGACAGCGAAGAUGACCCAUACGCAACCGAUGAUGAUUCAGAUGCUGAUUUCCUAAAUGAUGAUCCAUCGGAAUCGGAUGAAGCAGAUGAAUAAGUAGAUGGAUAAGCAAGAAUCAACUCAAAAAUAAAAUGAACCAUUAUCCCGUUCUCAGAAGAAAAUUAACAAACAUUGUCAAAGUAGUUUAUCAAGGAAACUUAUAUGUGAAAUUCGUUAUAUAUAGGUGUAAGCGAUAUUUUUAUUGUUUCGUAAGCCAAAAAUGGAGAGAAUAUCUCAUAAAUGAAAUAAAUUUGGAAAAUGAUGCGUUGCA